GUUGGUGGGGUGGCUGGUGGGGAAGGUGGACGCUUGAUGGCUUCAUGAAAGGUGAGGCCUGGAUGUUUUAGAUAGAUUGCUUGCAGGUGACGUGAGAUUCUGUGCUGUCUUGUGACAUGAGAUGCAACCUUGUUGUCAAUGAUCACCAAUAUAAUUUUCUGUUAUUUUUUAAAGUCAAACUCCCUAUAUGUUGAAUCUGCCAAGUUGCUCAAAAUGGAUUAUUUAUAUCAUUGGAAGGAUUUUUCUAAUGCUUGAUAUGUUGACAUAUCUUGCAAAUUGUCAUGUUUUUACUCGGUCUGACUUUGGAUUCAAACUUUUCGCAUGAUGGUGCCAUUUAUAUGAAGGAUCGGGCAAGUGAAAUAUAUAAAAGGUUGGAAGAUCAGAAGUGUACUAGAGGAAGAAAUUUGGAGGCUCUGGUGGCUGGCUGCAUUUAUAUUGCUUGUCGGCAAGAAGGCAAGCCUCGCACCGUGAAAGAAAUUUGCUCUAUUGCAUCUGGAGCUUCAAAGAAAGAAAUUGGCCGAGCAAAAGAAUUUAUUGUGAACCAAUUGAAGGUUGAGAUGGGUGAAUCAAUGGAGAUGGGUACUAUACAUGCAGAAGACUAUUUGAGACGUUUUUGUUCUAAUCUUGGUAUGAGACAUGAAGAGGUCAAAGCUGUGGAAGAAACAGUAUUGAAAUCAAGAGAAUUCGACAUAAGGAGGAGCCCUAUAUCUAUUGCUGCAGCAAUCAUUUUCUUGAUUACGCAAUUGUCAGACUCAAAGAAACCCCUGCGAGAUAUCUCAAUUGCAACUACAGUUGCAGAAGGGACUAUCAAGAAUACGUACAAGGAUAUCUACCCCCAUGCUCCAAAGAUA